GGUUCAAUCCCACCAACCUCUAAUAAUUAAUAUGAUUUAACAUAAACCUUUAAUCAAACCUUUUGUCGAGAUAAAUGACACAUCAGAAGACCACUGGAACACCGCUUAUAAAAUGACGACAGACAGGGUAAAUGACAAGCUUUUUCAUCCACAUGUUAGUUACUUAGACCAAAGCAGGAAGUACAGUGGUCUCACACCAGACAAUUACAAGAAACGGGGCUGAAAGAGCAACUUGAAUCACUUCCUCGGCAGGCGCUCAGCACAGAGGCUCAGCACAGACCCUAUGGCACAAGAUGACAAAGACUGAGUUAUACUGAAGUUUUUCCCGGACCGACGACGGAGAAUCGGGGAUCUUUAGCGAGCAUGUCUGAGGAGCUUGUCCCUAUAGAGUAUCGCUAUGCCGGAUUGGUUUUCUACUGUACCAUUUUCCUCAUCGGAAUCGUGGUCAACGUCACGGCGCUGUGGGUGUUUGCUCUGACCACCAAGAGGAGAAACUCUGUAACUAUUUACAUGAUCAACGUGGCUAUAGUGGACCUCACCUUCAUUGUCCUAUUGCCCUUCCGCAUAAUAUACUAUGGCAAGGACCGCUGGCCUUUCGGGGAUUACUUUUGCCGGAUCAGUGCCGCCUUAACGACAUUUUAUCCCUGCAUGGCCCUCUGGCUUUUCGCCUUGAUCAGCACCGACCGCUAUGUAGCCAUUGUUCAGCCACGACACAGCAAGGAGCUGAAGAACACGGGCAAGGCUGUGCUUUCCUGCAUAGGAGUGUGGGUCAUGACCCUGGGCAGCACGGCGCCCCUGCUGUUCACCGACGAAGACCCUGACCGCGCCUCCAACUUCACCACCUGCGCGAAGACGCGCGACAUCAUCCACCUGAAGCGCGAUAACCCCAUGAAUUUCGUGCGGCUCGUGUUCUUCUUCCUGGUGCCCGCCUCCAUCAUGCUCGCCUGCUACGGAAUCAUCGUGAACAACCUCUUCCACGGGAGGACCUCGAAGCUCAAGCCCAAAGUGAAGCAGAAGUCCAUCCGCAUCAUCGUCACGCUCAUCGUGCAAGUGCUGGUGUGCUUCGUGCCCUUUCACAUCUGCCUGAUCUUCCUGUUGCUGGAAAACAGCGGCCAUGACUACAGCGCCUGGGCCGCCUUCACCACCUUCCUGAUGAACCUCAGCACCGUCCUGGACAUAAUCCUCUAUUAUAUCGUCUCCAAGCAAUUUCAGGACCGGGUCAUCAGCGUCAUCCUCUACAGGAACUACCUACGCAGUGUACGCCGAAAGAGUCUGCACACCAGCAGUGUACGCUCUCUAAGCAACCUCACCAGUGCUAUGAUUUAAGGGUUAACUGCUGCCUGUAGACUUUUACAGAUCAAGAAUUUCUCUCGGUGUUUUUAACUUCAAAUAAGUACCUAUCAGCUCAUAUCUUAUUUAUGAAACAUCAUAAAACUAGCAUCAUAUGUUGUUUUCCAGUUUUUCGAAAACAAUUUUUUGAGUGUGUCUGAAGGCUACAAACUCGUAUAAUCUAAUCUUGGGCCGUUCACUUCUUCAAAGAUGCUUAUUAUUAUGUAUUUUUGUCGCUAAACAGAAAGCAUGUGAAAAAUACUUAAUAUAUCCAAGGGUACCGUCAUGUUUGAUAGUAAAACGCAUUUCAUAAAAUCCUGAAAAGCGAUGCAACAUUAUAUCAUUUCAGGCUUUUUUUCCAUCAUCGAUAAAACUUCUUGUUCUCGGGCCUCAUAACCGAGCGUCACUUUGCACCGUGAUGCAUCUGAAGGCCUGUUUUUUGUGGAGUCCCACAUGACAUGCUAAGGUGGAAAUGUGACACUGCCUAUUAUUCCAGAAGCAUAGAUAAAGGAAUAUUUGACUUACAGCCCCGAUGGCAAAACAUCCACUUUAAGAUGGAAAAGAUGGUGCAGGGUUUCGACGAGCAGCAUGUCCAUCAGUGCAGAGAGGAUCCAUGUCCCAAGCAGGAAAGACUGCGCAGAAGGAAACAUCAUUUUACACCAGAUCUUACACACUGUUUAGAGUAAUUAACUUUGUCAUUCAUUAACAUGGUUUAAUUCUAUAAUUAUGACUUUAACUUGGUCCUGCAUGAUACAUUAUUUCAACAUCGUCAUGGCGAUGUGCAAUAAUCACAUGGCGUUUGGCAGCACUGCUUUGUGUGUGUGUGUGUGUGUGUUGGCGGCACUGCCUGGUGUGUGUGUUUAAAAAAAAAAAAGAAAAAAAAAAUUCUGCACUUCUCAACGGAGUUUUCAGACAGAUGGUAUUCAUUGCUUGGGUCCUUAUUGAGCUAGUAUUGGAAAUUCAUCGCAGAGUCUCAAAGCACUUAUGUAAGUCGCUCUGGCUAAGGGUGUCUGCCAAAUACUGUAAAUGUAAAUGAUGUAAAAUGCUUCGUGUCUGUUGAUACAACGCACGGCAAAACCACCGACUAAUCUGACACACUCUACUGGUAGAUAAGAAUAAGUUCUGUUUGGCUAUAGUUUAUUUCGGGUGAUUGCAUUUUCUUUUUUUUUAAUAAAUCAAAUAUGACAUAAAAUAUGACAUAC